CGCUGAGUCAGCUGCUGCAGAGUGGGCUGGGUGGGGUUGGGGGCUGCACUUGGGCUUGACCGGAGCCAGACGGGCUGGUCGCUGCUGGUCUCUGCCUCCCGCUGCCGCCGCCCGCCGCCGCCCGCCGCCGCCAUGGAGAACUUCCCAGAGGAGAUGGAUGAAGAGCAGUAUUGGCAGAACGAGCUGCUGCAUCUGGCGCGGACACUUUUCAAUGGGAUGGGCAUUGAGCUGCCAACAGGUGAGCUCUUUAGCUGGGAAAACCGACUUCCUCCUCCCGCUGCCAAGAGAGCCGUGGAGAACCUGCCAAAAUCCACCAUCACAGGGGCCCAGGCUGACGCAGGUGUCAAGUGCCCCGUGUGCCUUCUGGAGUUUGAGGAGGAGCAGACUGCCCUGGAGAUGCCCUGUGAGCAUCUUUUUCAUUCAGACUGCAUCGUUCCCUGGCUAGGCAAGACCAACAGUUGCCCUCUGUGCAGAUAUGAGCUGCCUACAGAUAAUGAGGACUAUGAAGAUUACAGGAGAGAAAAGUCAGGGAAGGAUCCGGAGAUGUGCCUGGAUCCUGCUGAAAGGAGGGAGCGUCUCCUCUCAGACCAGAAUGCUUUUGCCAGGGCAAACAAAGCCCUGGCUCUUAAGCAGCCUUGGGCAGACUUGGACGGGAACAUCCGGUGCCGCCUCUUCCUGGGCCUGAUCAUCACGGCCUUAAUGCUGCCCCUCCUGAAGUGGAUUAUUGUGGCCACCACGGAGCGUCCUGCGAAUCUUCAUAACCCAGCGGCAGCGUGGCACCAGGGGGCCACAGCCAAAGGCUGGGGGUUUGAGCCACAGCCAGGAGACUAAACUGCAUCAUGGGGGGAUGAGAAGCCAACCCCACCCAAACCACUGGGCUCCACUAAGGAGCACUGGUUGGUGCUGGAGUUGAAGGAACCCUGAGGAGCUCUCUUUGGUGGACUUGACUCCACCAGCUGUACCCCUGCACGAUGCCCGCUGCCCCUGCCAACUUCCCAUCCCCCUGGGGUACAAGCUAAAUCACCCCUUGCUACGUAGAGCUGAAUAAAAGCCCCUCUUGGGUAAAAGCCUGGA